UCUGUCUUCAACUCAUAUAAAUUUCCCUUUCAUUUCACUUUAGAAUCACUCAACUCAAGUUUCCAUACAAAAUAAGAAUACCUUUUUGGUAGAGCUAUGGAGAGUAGUAGUAGUAGUACCAAACCCAACAACAAAUCUUCCUUUCAGCUCCAACAACCACCGCCGUCGUCUCCUCCACGUCCUUCCCCUGUCAAAAAGAUCGUCCUGGUGGCAGCCAUCGCCUCCGGGAUCCAAUUCGGCUGGGCCUUGCAGCUAUCCCUACUCACCCCAUAUGUUCAACUCCUUGGCAUCCCUCACAAAUGGGCCUCUCUCAUUUGGCUCUGUGGACCCAUCUCUGGACUGCUGGUGCAACCCAUCGUUGGUUACCAUAGCGACCGUUGCACCUCUCGUUUUGGCCGUCGCCGCCCUUUCAUAGCUGCAGGAGCUGCCCUGGUCGCCACCGCGGUGGUCCUCAUAGGCUUCGCAGCUGACUUAGGUUAUCUCUUUGGGGACUCCAUGGCCAAUGACAUGAAGCCACGUGCCAUUGUCGUGUUUGUGAUAGGGUUUUGGAUCCUGGACGUGGCUAACAACAUGUUACAAGGUCCAUGCAGAGCUUUACUGGCUGAUCUUUCGGGGAACAACCAGAAGAAAACGCGAACCGCAAACGCCUUCUUUUCAUUCUUCAUGGCGGUUGGAAACGUCCUUGGCUUCGCCGCCGGUUCCUACACACACCUUCACAACAUCUUUCCGUUUACAGCCACGAAAGCUUGUGACGUUUACUGUGCAAAUCUCAAAAGCUGUUUCUUUUUCUCCAUUUUGCUUUUGCUAACCCUUACCUCCAUUGCUCUCUCCUACGUGCAUGAAAAACCCUGGUCACCGGAACCUGGAAACGCCGGUAACCAAGGUGGCCGUGAGAUUGAGGAUGAAGAAGAACCAGCAGAGAUAACGCCGGUUCCCUUGGGAGAAAUAUACGCUGCUCUCAAGGACUUGAAAAGACCCAUGUGGAUUCUCCUCCUGGUGACGUGUCUUAACUGGAUUGCGUGGUUCCCUUUCCUGUUGUUCGACACUGAUUGGAUGGGACGAGAAGUGUACGGUGGGGAUUCACAGGGAAAUAAACUCGUCUUGAAGCUGUAUAAUAAUGGAGUACGUGCUGGUGCAUUGGGACUCAUGUUGAACUCUGUGGUGGUGGGUUUCACUUCGCUUGGUGUGGAGCUGUUGGCGCGUGGAGUUGGAGGGGUCAAGAGGCUUUGGGGGAUUGUGAAUUUUUUGCUUGCUUUUUGUUUGGCAAUGACAGUUUUGGUGACCAAAUUGGCUAAGUCAAGCCGCCGUUUCGUCACCGUGGACGGUGUCAUAGUCCCUUUACCGCCGCCAGCAGCUGUCAAGGCCGGUGCAUUGUCUCUAUUCGCAGCAUUGGGGAUACCCUUAGCUGUAACUUACAGUAUUCCUUUUGCAUUGGCAUCCAUUUUUUCUAGUGCCUCCGGUGCUGGCCAAGGACUUUCCUUAGGAGUGCUGAAUCUUGCAAUUGUAAUACCACAGAUAUUGGUGUCUUUGGGGAGUGGACCAUUUGAUGCAAUAUUUGGAGGUGGAAACCUUCCAGCUUUUGCACUUGGAGCAUUUGCAGCAGCUGCAAGUGGAAUAUUUGCUCUAACCAUGCUCCCAUCUCCACCCCCUGAUGUCUCUGCUGCCAAGACCGUAACUGCUGGAUUUCAUUAACAGCAAUGGAUCUGGGAGUUUUAUCUUUCCUUAUUUU